AUGGCGGCCGCCCAGGUAAUCACGAAUUCCGGGCAUGAAGACAUGAUUCACGAUGCCGGUCUGGACUACUAUGGCCGUAGAUUGGCGACUUGCUCGUCUGAUAAAACGAUAAAGAUCUUCGAGAUUGAGGGGGAAUCGCACCGCUUGGUCGAAACUCUUAAGGGCCAUGAAGGCGCGGUCUGGUGUGUUGCUUGGGCACACCCCAAAUUCGGCACAAUCCUGGCCUCCUCAUCAUACGAUGGAAAGGUCUUGAUCUGGCGAGAGCAGCCCCAGAAUGCGACCUCUCCCGCUGGUGGAAGCACAUGGACCAAGGUCUUCGAUUUCUCCCUCCACACCGCUUCUGUGAAUAUGGUAUCUUGGGCUCCUCAUGAGAGUGGCUGUCUCCUUGCCUGUGCUUCUUCUGAUGGCCAGGCAAGUGUUCUCGAAUUCCGCGACAACAACUGGACCCACCAGACUUUCCAUGCUCACGGCAUGGGUGUUAACUCCAUCAGCUGGGCUCCCGCAGCUUUUGCUGGCAGCUUGAUCAGCGCCAACCCAGGACCGGGCCAACAGAGACGAUUUGUGACUGGAGGAAGCGAUAACCUGGUUAAGAUUUGGGACUACAAGUACAUCUCCUUCCCGCCACUUCUGGUCAACCCUGAAUCCAAAUCCUACAACCCCAUUCAAACCUUGGAGGGCCACUCAGACUGGGUCCGUGAUGUGGCCUGGUCACCAAGCAUUUUGUCUAAGUCCUACAUCGCCUCAGCUUCGCAAGAUAAGACCGUUCGCAUCUGGACCUCGGACGUUUCCAGCCCUGGUCAGUGGACCAGCCAAACCCUUGAAUUCGACACCGUACUGUGGCGUGUCAGCUGGAGCCUCAGCGGCAACAUCCUGGCAGUUAGUGGCGGUGACAACAAGGUCAGCUUGUGGAAGGAGAACCUCAAGGGCCAGUGGGAGAAAGUCAAGGACAUUGAAGAGUAG